GUCCAGGCUCAGCCGGAGCCUGCUCCCAGUGGACACAAUGCAGAUCUGAACGCCGGGUCCACCGCUAGUGGCGCAGCGCCCUCGCCCGUGUGCCAGGAGGAAGUUGAGAUGAGGGCGGCACUGCAGUUCCUGAUGCGUCACAUGGUCAAGCGGGCCGUGAUGAGGUCACCCAUCAAGCGGGCGUUAGGAUUGGCCGAUUUGGAGAGAGCUCAGGCCAUGAUCUAUAAAUUGGUGGUCAGCGGGCUGCUGGACGAACACUGCAGUGGGGGCAAGUCCAGACCUGCUGACCCAGAGUGUGAGGAGGGUGUGCAGGGAGAGCAGCAGGCCCAGACCCCCAUCACCACCAGCCCCUCUGCCUCCAGCACCACCUCCUUCAUGAGCUCCUCUCUGGAGGACACGACCACAGCCACUACACCUGUUACUGACACAGAGACUGUCCCUGCCUCAGAGUCCCCUGGGGUCAUGCCUCUUAGCCUGCUCAGGCAAAUGUUCUCAAGCUACCCAACCACCACUCUGCUGCCAACGCGUCGUGCCCAGACGCCCCCGGUGUCUUCUCUCCCCACGUCUCCCUCUGAUGAGGUGGGUCGGAGACAGAGCCUCUCCUCCCCUGAGACCCAGACCUCCAGACCAGCCAACAGGACCGGGACAUCCCUGUCGGACCCCAUCAGCAGACUGUCCACCUCCCCUCCCCCCCCGGCCAUCGCUGUGCCCCUCCUGGAGAUGGGCUUCUCUCUGAGGCAGAUCACCAAGGCUCUGGAGGCUACAGGGACAGGUACUCGUGGCGAGGCUGAUGCCCAGAACAUCACGGUACUGGCUAUGUGGAUGAUAGAACACCCCGGAACAGAGGAGGACGAGGGAUGACAGUCACUCUAGAGGACAGGGGUCAGACAGCUCCUCGUGCCCAGGGGCCA